AUGACGCUGACGGUGAAGUUCCUUGGGAUCGAAACUGUGGUGAUUGGAGUAUACGGACCGACAGAUGACUCCAAUAGACAAAUAAAAGACAACUUCUAUAAAGACCUAAGAGAUGUGAUAAUGAAAGUAAAAAAUCAUCAGGAAAUUAUUAUUGCGGGAGAUCUUAACGGAAGCGUGGGAUCCAAGCAAGAUGAUGAAAUAAUAGGACCACAUGGCGAAGAUGUGAUAAAUCAAUCGGGGGAACUACUAACUGAAUACUGCAGUGAACAUCACUUGAAAAUACUCAACGGAUUUUACAUGCACAAGUGGAUACAUAAAUACACUUGGGAGAGGCCUACGUUGAAUCAAAGAUCCAUUAUUGAUUAUUUCAUAAUAAAACAAAAGUCUCAGAUGAAAGUAAAUGACUGUCGGGUUAAAAGAGGACCGAAUUGUGGAUCCGACCACUACAUGCUAGAAAUGAGAGUGGUAUGGCCUUUCACAGGAAAGAAUAAACGAACUACCCAAAAUGGUCCCCAGACGAAUACAAAUAAGGAACAACAAGAAAGAUAUAAAUUGUAUCUGUUGGCGGAUCCCAGUGUAAGGGAAUUAUAUGAAAGAAGAUUGACAGCCGAAAUAGGAAAAAUCGAAGAAUCUGGUGACUUAGACAAGGAAUACCUAAAUAUUAGGAAAGCAAUACAUAGCGCAGCCAAUCAGGCGCUAGGAACGAUAGAGAGAGAGAACAGAAGGCGGAAACCAUUUUGGUUGACGGAAGAAAUUGAAGAUCUGAUAGAGGAGAAGAGGUUGUAUUAUAGUAAAUGGUUGGCGACACCAGGGAGGGAAAAAAGAGAAGAAUACAAGGAAAAGAACAAAGAACUACGGAAAAAAAUCAGAGAAACAAAAAACCUUUUUUUGGGAACGGAAAUGUAG